CCCCCCCCUCCCCCCUACCCCCUCCGCUCUCCCCUCUUCCCCAGUCCUGCUGAGUUGCCCGUGCGGUCUCGCGCUUGACUUGCUUUUUCGAGGGGCAAUGCUGUUCUCUAGAUUCAUUCUAGUAACCCUCAAUUGAGUCAAUUCGUUUCCGUUUGCUGUCAGUCACAGUCACUGCCACUGCAGCCCUGCCCACUCACUGCUUGAGAACCGGCCAAUUGCAUAAUACAGCACCCGACAAUGCCGCCUCAUCUACAUCCUCGCUCGCGGUCGACGAGCUCUCUCUUCGCGGCCACCCUCCUCGCAUCCCUCUUCGUCGUCGGCCUUCCGCAUGUCUUCCCCUGUCCUGCUCCCCGCCGCACCCUCGCCGACUCCGAGAUGACCGUCAAUGCCGAAGGACAACAGGUUCCGCGUGUCCGACGAAGGAAGCGCAAGGAUGCGGACCCCUUUGGCCCCGAGGACAGAGUCCUUUCUCAAUCACCCAUGGCUAGCGACGAAGACGUUUCCACGUUCCUCCAAUUAGAAGCAGAGGCUGCUGAGCUGUCGCAAGCGGGCCAUCAAUGCCCCGUGCCGAAACCGAAGGGCAUUUUGGGUGAUUUAUUGGGAUUUACGAAUCGCGGGGAGACACCAUCACAACCUCCACCGACGAGAGAAGCUCGGUGACUGCAACGUUUAUUACAGGGAAAUCUUUGAAGCGUCUUGAGAGGGAGGAAACGUGGCUUGUACUGUGAAAUUGGCCAAGUGAAGCAAUAUUGUUGGCGUCGCCGGGGGGAAGGCUUCGGACUGGGGGCUUGAUGCCUCUCCAAAGCAGCCGCAUCAACGGCAGUUAUAUACCCAUCUUUGUAUCGAUAGUGUACUUACAGGCAUGAUUUGUGUAACUACAUAGGAUCAUUUUUGACAUUCAAUAUGAAUAUGAACAAUUG